CACACACACAUCAAAUUCCCCUCCUGCUUUUAUCAGGCCAACUGAUCAGGGAAUUAUUGCUGCGGGGUGGGCAUAUAUGGGCUGGAGGAGGAGGAGGAGUGACUUGGUGGUGUACACCACUCUGGAAGCUGAAACCACCAUGGCCAUGGAGGAGAUGCUGGCCUCCAUGGGCAAAGCCAAGGAAGAAGGCGCCGAUCUGGUCGAGCUCUGCGUCCACUCUCUGUCUUCCUCCCGCGUCCGCCACCUCAUCGCACACAGAACGUUGCCCUCCAUCAUCUCUUGCAGGCCCAACAACAGUUCCUGCGGAGGAGGUGACUGGAAGAGCAGAUGCUUGCAGAUCCUGAAACUGGCCGUACAGUUAGACGUUGAGUUUGUUGAAGUCCCACUCGAAGCGGCUUCUAAUACGGCGAUGAAUGAGCUGAUGAGCGUUCGAUCAAACAGCAAGAUAAUCGUCUCCACCUACGUCAACGGCGGCGCACCGCCGCCCACGGCGGAGAAGCUCGGGAACCUCAUUAUAAACCUGCAGUCCACCGGCGCCGACAUUAUCAAACUCUUGAUUGAUGUUGCUUAUAUCACUGAGGUUGCCCCCCUUUUCCAUAUGCUUACCCACUGUCAGGUACCUCUAAUUGCUAGGGCAGUGGGGGAUAGAGGACUUAUAAGCCAAUUACUCGGCCCCAAAUACGGCGCUUUCUUUGUUUGUGGAUCUCUGAAUGGCAAAUGUACCCCUGGCCUGCCCCCUCUCAACAGCAUUAAGCAAGUUUAUCAGCUUGAGCAUAUGAAUGCCGACACAAGAAUCUUCGGUGUUGUCUCUAAUCCAGUGGGACAUAGUAAAGGACCUCUCUUACAUAACCCUGCCUUUAGGUACACUGGAUAUAAUGGAAUAUACGUGCCGUUGCUUGUAGAUAACAUUAAGGAAUUCUUUAGGGUCUAUUCCUGCACAGACUUUGCUGGUUUCAGUGUUGGAAUCCCACACAAGGAAGCUGCAGUAGGUUGCUGUGAUGAAGUCGAUCCCCUUGCUAAGUCCAUAGGUGCAGUAAAUACAAUCAUACGGAGGCCUAUUGACGGGAAACUCAUUGGUUAUAAUACCGAUUGUGAGGCUGGCAUAACUGCAAUUGAAGGUGCACUUAGAGAGAGGCAAAUGACAAAUGGUCAUGCAUCACACGCUUCUCCCAUGGCUGGGAAAUUGUUUGUGCUGGUUGGAGCUGGGGGCGCAGGGCGAGCUAUGGCUUUUGGUGCCAAAAUCCGAGGAGCAAGGGUUGUGAUCGUCAACCGCAACUAUGAGAGAGCGAAAGCGCUUGCCAAAGCAGUGUCUGGCGAAGCACUGCCAUACGAGCAACUUAACGAGUUUGACAGAGAGAAAGGAAUGAUAUUAGCAAAUGCUUCAGCCAUUGGGAUGCAGCCGAGGAUAGAUGAAACCCCGGUUUGCAAGGAGGCAUUGAAAUCAUACGAUCUGGUAUUUGACGCGGUCUACACGCCGAGAAACACACGUCUGUUGCAAGAGGCUGCAGAGGUCGGGACGGUGGUGGUGAGUGGAGUUGAGAUGUUCGUCAGGCAGGCUCUCGGCCAGUUUAGGUUGUUCACUAAUGGGUUAGCACCAGAGGACUUCAUGCGCAAGGUUGUCUUGGAACAAUUUUGAUUGCCAUCGCACAAACACAAGAAAGGCACCCUCUUUUUUUUGCCACAGAAGAUCAUCAUCAGCUAUCAGUCUGGUUUUUUAUCAUGCUUUCAGUAUAUAUAUGUAUAUGGCUUUGAUCAUCCAUCUUUUUGUUCAAAUGUGGAAAAUAGAGGAUGAUGACGACGACAACGAAGAUGAAACCAUGCAAGGUUGAGGUUUUAACCACACAAUAGGCAGGAAUAUGAGUCCUUGUGAAUAUUUUUAGUCAUCAUAAAAUGUUGUGAUGUUUGUUAUUGAAUUUUAUUGAGUUUGUUGUCUAAAAAUGUUGUCCAUGUUGUUUUACUCCAACUUUGAAUUGCAAAAGGGUGUUUUUGACGUCUCACUACUGGCCUCAUUGUCCUGUCUCGAUAUCUUUGUGGAGAAGUAAAUUAAAUUAAGUUUU